AUGUCCCACCUAUCUGAAAAUACGAUAGCGGUAGCAACACAGGCGCAGGCAGCACCAGCUCCCGCCUACUUCAAUUCAACUGUGAUCAUCGAAACCCAGGAUGACCUGGUUAGAUUCGCAGCCCACUCUUUAUCAAAGGACGGCCGUCAUGCGCUACAGGUCGACACUCUCGUAUUGCGCGUUCCCUUCCUCGUACCCAGAAACCACCAGCUUCUCCUGCAACUUAUACGGCGGCUUCCCCAAUUGACCAGGCUCUGGAUGCUUCAUUCUGAGAUGCUUCUCGGCCGCCAUCCCGUACUCGCCGAUCACAUCGUGGACCGGACGUCUCUUACCGAGCUGAAGCUCGACCACGUAGGCGCAAUCGCCUACAGACUCGUGGCUCGCCUACGUUCUCGGUUAGUCAGUAUACAUAUGCAUGCCCCCGCUGGGACAUCCGUCCGGUGGAACUAUACCGGCGCGCUCCUUCAAUCAUCGGCGGCGACCCUCCAGGAAAUCGACAUGCCAAAUGUCGUCCUGGAUCUCCGAGCACGCAACGUACAGUUCCCGCUGGUACGGAUCGUGCUCCUCACAUACGACUGCCCGGCCGUCUUCGACCUCAGAGCAUACAAGUUCGCAUUCCCGAACCUCCGGGACUUCCGUCUCUCUCUCACGCCCGCGAUUCCUAGGCUGCUUGCAGAGCAGGAGAUGCACCGCCGACGGAACCUGCUUGCUGGCAUGGACGAGCGCGGCUGGGAGAACCUCGAUCGCAUUUACGCGCCCCCGUACGACCUGUGGUUGCUCGGCCUCCUUAUGCCCGUCGAUAUCCUCUCACUUCCCAUUGGUCCCGGGGGCGCGGCACACCAACGCCUGUUUGACGUGUUGUCCGCGCUGAACCCAAAGCACUUGGAAUUACAGUUUCAAAAUACGGAGGACGCGCGUGCCGUCGUGCGCGACUUCGGGACGCUCCUUGAUCACCUGCGCGUGCCGCGCUUGCAGACACUCGUGUUGGAUUGCUACCUGCCCCUGGUGCAGCUCUGUUUGAGCCAGCUUUUGGCCGAUUUGGUCACGAACAUCGCGGCCUUGCAUUGCGAAGAGCUCACCGUUCGAUUCUUCGAGCAUGUUCCGGCAGCAUACCAGCGCCCCGCGCCAAUGCGGCCGAUUUAUGUCACGAACGCGAGGUGGGAUGCGCUGACGCUGAUCCUCUUAGAUUCUUCGCUGUGGGACCCGGAGUUCUACCAAACCACCAUAAACCUCACGUCCCUACGAUGCCUCUCCCUUGAUCGCCCGGACAUAUCCACAUUGCGCAUGGUCGCUUGCAUGCGCUUUCCCCUACAUACCUUACAAGUCAACCAUACGUGUCCAAACAUGCAACCUUCCACACUGGCAGACGCCCCCGCACCUGGCUCAGCUCUAUCUUCUCUCGAAAUCUUAUGGUUCCACCUUGUGCCUGUGCCCCCAGACAUUUCGUGGUGGCUUCAGUGCUGCCCCAAAGUGGCGAUCCUCCGCAUCCUUUCCGGCGGUUCGCCCGACGCGGCACGGACACUCAGGCGAACGAACAGGGGUGCGCUCACUGAGAGGUCGCCGGGAGGCUGGCCCUCGCUAGUACACGUCGGGGGUACCAUUUCGGACGUCUUCUCCCUUGGACUAUCCCAGCAGGUACCCAAGGUCACUAUCAGCUUUGUUGGGGAUACAUGGCCUCCUCUUGAACAGCUCGGGAUGGUUCAGGCCGUGCUAUGCGACACCGAGCCGGAGUCCUUGGUCCUCGAUCUCUAUUUCCCCGAGGAGGGUUCUGAUAACGAACAAGUAGAAGAAGCGUUUUCCCUUGGAGGCGUAUUCCGACAUGCCUUCGAGGGCCCUGGAGUCGGUCGCCUCCGUAGGCUAAAAAUUCUCCAGAGGUUCGAAUCGGAAGUCCAGACACUGGCGCUGGAUGCCCUGAAUGCGGUCCUGGAUAUACUUCCAUUGCUCACUCAGAUCCGGAUACUAGACAUCGAACUAGUGCCAUCCUGCUCAACACUACUAGUAGUGCACCACCCCACUCGGGGUUGGCCCACACCCAUCGAGAUCAACUUUCAGCAUGUUGGCGUAGACCCUAUCGAAUUCUCCCGCUCUUGCUUCCUCAAAAGCGCGGGCCUGCAGCACGUGGAGUUUGUGGUUGUGCCGUGUAACCGCUGCGGGUGGAUGGUGUCGCAGGCUAUCAAGCUUGGGCGGGACGAUUGA